AUGGCCCAGGAACAAGUGCGCGUUCUCAUUGUUGGCAACGGUGGCCGUGAGCAUGCGUUGGCCUGGAAGCUCAGCCAGUCGCCUCUCGUCGACCAGGUCUAUGUCGCUCCCGGCAACGGAGGCACUGGUCUGGGCGCUUCCAGCAAGAUCGCCAACGCCAAUGUCAAGGGAGAUGACUACCCUGGCCUCGUGGCUUUCGCGCAGAAGAAUGGCGUGAACCUCGUCGUUCCCGGUCCCGAGGCGCCUCUUGUCGAUGGUAUCCAAGGAUACUUCCAGGCCGUUGGCAUUCGCUGCUUUGGUCCAUCCAAGGCUGCUGCCCGCAUGGAAGGCUCCAAGACCUUUUCCAAGGACUUCAUGCAGCGCCACAACAUCCCGACUGCCGCCUUUGGUAACUUCUCCGACUAUGAGUCCGCCCGCCGCUACCUCGACUCUGUUUCCCACAAUGUUGUGAUCAAGGCCAGUGGUCUGGCUGCUGGCAAGGGUGUGAUCAUUCCGGCAACCAAGGACGAGGCACACAAGGCCUUGAAGGAGAUGAUGGUUGAUCACCAGUUCGGCAGUGCUGGUGAUGAGGUCGUCAUCGAGGAGUGCUUGGAGGGCGAUGAAUUGAGCAUCCUCACUUUCAGUGACGGUUACACGAUCUACUCUCUUCCCCCUGCUCAGGAUCACAAGCGCAUCUUUGACGGGGAUCAGGGCCCCAACACUGGUGGUAUGGGCUGCUACGCUCCUACCCGCAUUGCUCCCAAGGAGGUGCGUGAUGAGAUCGAUCGCACAAUCAUCCAGCCUUCAAUUGAUGGCAUGCGACGAGACGGGUUCCCCUUUGUCGGAAUCCUCUUCACCGGACUGAUGAUGACCAAGAACGGUCCCAAGGUGCUGGAGUAUAACGUUCGUGGAGGAGACCCUGAGACUCAGACUCUCCUACCUCUUCUCAGCGCGGACACCGACUUGGCUCAAAUCAUGAUUGCCUGUACCGAGCACUGGCUGGACGGUGUCACCAUCAAGGUCGAGCCUAACUACUCUACCACCGUUGUUGCUGUCGCCGGUGGCUACCCCGGUUCUUACGCCAAGGGAACCCCCAUCACCUUGGACCCUACGCCCGCUGGAUCGUUGAUCUUCCAUGCCGGCACGGCUCUGGCUGGUAACGAGCUGCAGACCUCUGGCGGUCGUGUCAUUGCUGCCACCGCUACUGCGGCUACUCUGGAGGAAGCUGUCGCCAAGAGUUACGAGGGUAUUGCCACUAUUCACUUUGAUGGCAUGUUCUUCCGCAAGGACAUUGCUCACCGUGCCUUCCGUCAAUCUGCCGAUACUUCUUUGACCUACGCGGCCGCCGGUGUCUCCAUCGAUGCCGGCAAUGACCUUGUCAACCAGAUCAAGUCCUGUGUUGGCCGUACCAAGCGACCCGGUACCGACGCCGUCAUCGGUGGCUUUGGCGGUCUCUUCUCUCUGGCUGCGGCCAACCCAGAGUACCACGCCGACUCACCGACACUGAUUGGUGCUAUCGAUGGUGUUGGUACUAAGCUGAAGAUCGCUCACACUGUGGGUAUUCAUGAUACUGUCGGUAUUGAUUUGGUUGCCAUGAACGUCAACGACUUGGUUGUGCAGGGUGCUGAGCCCCUAUUCUUCCUCGAUUGCUACUCAUGUGGCCACCUGGAUGUUCCCACUGCCACCGCAUUCGUCACUGGUGUGGCCAAUGGCUGUGUGCAAGCUGGUUGCGCUUUGAUCGGUGGUGAAACUGCCGAGAUGCCUGGUCUGUUCAUCGACGACACUUACGAUGCGGUUGGUGCGGCUGUUGGUGCCAUCAACACCAGCGGUCCCUAUGCUCGUACCAUCCUGCCCGAUACCAACGCCAUGCGCUCCGGUGAUGUGCUUUUGGCCCUGGCUUCAUCUGGCCCUCACUCCAACGGCUACUCGCUCGUGCGCAAGAUCGUCGAGCGUACCGGUCUGGACUUCGCGGCUCCCGCCCCCUUCACCAUGCCCGGACAGACUGAAGAGCUCUCUUUGGGUCGUGCCCUUCUCACCCCUACCCGGAUCUACGUCAAGCCCAUCCUGGCUGCCCUCAAGGCCCACUCCACCGCCAUCAAGGGUCUGGCUCACAUCACCGGCGGCGGUCUGGUCGAGAACAUUCCCCGUAUGUUGCCUUCCACUCUCACCGCGGCCGUUGAUGUCAGCAUGUGGCCGCAACCCCCCGUCUUCCAGUGGUUGCAGCGUUCCGGUAACGUCUCCCCGGCGGAGAUGGCCCGCGCGUUCAACUGCGGUGUCGGCAUGGUGAUUGCCGUUGAUCCCGCCUCCGAGGCUGCCGUUCGUCAGAACUUUGAGGCUGCUGGUGAGACGGUUUACCGUGUUGGUGAGCUCCGUGCUCGUGUCGAGGGUGAGGAGGGCUGCGUUCUCAGCGGCCUGGAGUCGUGGAGCGCAUGA